AUGGGUAGCACUGCCCAGUUCGAGAAGCAGGCAAGAGUCAACUCCUCCACUUCGAGGAAGAGGAAGGCGCCGCCGCAGCGAGCUGGUAGACACACAGGUACAGUAAGGCGGUCUGCAACCUCUCCCGACGGGUAUAUAAUUCAGAGCCUCUCACACGAUCGCCACAUAUUCCCACCAACGGCGUCCGACAUGAAACGCCAUGUAUUCCAGACACUACUCCUAGUCCUGGUGGCCGUGACUGCGGCAGACAAGCUGCCCUUCGCCAGCCCUCCCGUGGCCAUCCUGCGCAGCGCCCAGGCCAGCCCCGACGAGUUCGGCGCCCACAGCACUGAGUUCGAGGCCGAGAACGGCAUCGUGUUCCAGGUCGCUGUCUCCGAGGGCGUUGCGGGAGGCGCCAACGCGGCCGGCUCCUGGAGCUACCCCCUGGAGGACGGCAGCGUAGCGUCCGUCAGGUUCGUGGCCGACGAGAACGGCUUCCAGCCCGAGUCCUCCCUCCUGCCCGUGGCCCCCGCCUUCCCCCACCCCAUCCCCCAGUUCGUCCUCGACCAGAUCGAGUUCGCCCGCCUCGAGGACGAGGCCAAGGCUCGGGAAGGCAUCCUCAUCCAAGCUUAAGGAUUCAUUUAAUUAACAAGAUUAUAGCAUAAUAACUUCAAUUAUAUUAUUAUGACUGAAUAAAAACAUAUUUUUAA